GUCCCGCCCAUAGAUAUAUAUACUGACUAGAUGUCGCCUUGGGCUUCGAAGCAUACGUCAACACCGCCGCCAUCUUGGAGCGGGGAUCUGAAGCGCCAAAUUAGUUUUCCCGCAUUGGAAUCAGCUCUGAAGAUGCCGGACUUUUGUGCUUCAUAUGGAUGUUCGAACGAAAGAAAUAAAAAAAAAAAAAAACAGCAAGGGAUAACAUUUCACAGAUUCCCAAAGGAUAAACAGAGACGUCAGUCAUGGGCAAUAGCACUCAGGAGAGAGGGGUUUGAGCCAAAAGACCGCACUGUACUGUGCAGCUGUCAUUUUCGGCCUGAAGAUUUUGACAAGAGUGGACAGACUGUCCGGUUACGACAAGGAGCGAUCCCAUCCAUUUUUAAGUUUCCUGAUCGUCUUUCAAAAGUUUGUUACAGCAUUUGUUUUAAUCACAACAUUCUGUUGCGAAAUAUUUUUCAGGAUCAUCAGUAUGCCCUUGACCCAGUGAAAGCAAAAGAGAAGUUGAUUGUGUAUCAAAAGAACGUGGAGAAGUUACGACGGGACUUGAGAAAUGCGAAGGACAGGGAAAGGAGACAAAAGAAGACAGUGAGCUCCUUGUUGGAGGAUUUAAAAAAGAACAAGAUGUUAACAGAGGAACUGGAGCAAAAGCUGGAUUUCUACUUUGACCUUCCAGUUGAACUGUUCAGGCAUGACCGUGCCUUCACUCCUGCUCAACAAGAAUUUGCUUUAACCUUGCAUUUACAUGGACCUAAAGCCUACAUUUAUCUGAAGGAAACCAUGAAGAUACCUCUUCCACAUCCUCACACUCUUCUAAAAUGGUUGCAGACUGUGGAUGCCAAGCCUGGGUUAAACACAUCGCUUCUAGAUAUGUUACAGAGACGGAAAAACGAAGACCCUGUUCGGUAUGGUCAAGUGUGUCUGGUUUUGGAUGGCAUGUCCAUAAGGAGACAAGUGCAGUACGACUCACACAAACAGACAAUGGUUGGUUUUGUGGAUCUCGGCAGUGGGAUAGAUGAGUAAGGUAGUGUUGUUGCAGGGAUACUAAACACUUAGGUUAACGAUUCUUAAAACUCUCAUACGGUAAUCAGUUAAGGAACUGUA